AUGUCUGUAGCAGCCGCCGCCGCCCGAGCGGUGCCAGCCGCCGCUCCUGCCGCUGCUCCCGCACCUCAGGCUGCCGCCAAGCCCGUCUCCAGCGAGGCCCAGGCCGAGCUGGACCGUGCCGCCCUCGAGGCGCUCGAGCUCGACUCCGAUGUCAUCACCUCCGUCCGACUUGAUGGCCUCGCUCUCACCAAGAUCGUGAAGCACUGCCGCGAUGCACACCCCGCCUCCGCCUCCGGCGCCCUCCUUGGCAUGGACCUUGGCGGAACGCUCGAGGUCUCCAACGCCUUUGCUCUGCCCAACCCCGGCCGUGGAGGUGCCGAGCGCGACGAGGAGGACGACCGCAGCAGCCGCAACGCCACCAAAUAUACCACCGACAUGGUCCAGCUUCUCCGCGAUGUCAAUGCCGACGCCAACCCCGUGGGUCUCUACCAGGGCUGCUUCCUCGGCGCUUUCCUCAACUCGUCGGUCGUCGAUGGCCUCGCUGCCAUCGCCGGCCUGAUGGAGCGCGACGGUGCCAGCGGCCGAGGCAAGGGCGUCCUCAUCGUCCACGACCUUGCCCAGUCUGCCCAGGGCAACACCGCGGUGAAGGCGUACCGCCUCUCGCCUUCGUUCGUCGAGGCUCACAAGAAGGGCAAGUUCCACACCCAGAGCCUCAUCGACCACAAGCUCACCUUUGCCAACAUCCUCGUCGAGAUCCCCGUCUCGCUCCGAAACACCGCUCUCCUCGACGCAUUCCUCAGCAGCAUCUCCACACCAAGCGCACCGGGCCCUUCCAUCGUGCAGCCCAGCACCUCGGACCUGCUGCGCAACCCACCCACCGCCGCGCUCGCUCCUUCGUAUACCUCGCUCAACCUCGCAUUGGAGCCCGUGCUCGCCUCGUCGCUCGAGGCGACGCUCGAGAUCAUGGACGAGCACGCCGCCGAGGCCGGCAACGUCGGCUUCCAGGCGCGCCAGCUCGCCCGUGAGAAGGCCAAGGCCGACGCCUACCUCACCCGAAAGAAGGCCGAGAACGCUGCACGCGAAGCGCAGGGUCUGGCGCCUCUUCCCAUCGAGGACGUCAACCGUCUGUUCAAGAUCCCCGCCGAGCCCUCGCGCCUCGAGGCGACGCUGCUGCUCGGCCAGAUCGACAGCUCCGCGAAACGCCUCGCCGAGACUGCAGCCCUCGGCGUCAUUCAGCUCAACGCCGCCAAGACUGAGCCGUUCGAGCACGUACGACACACCUUGUCGACGCGUUCGGCUCGGUCGGCAGCCAACAGGCCCGGCCACGUCAAUGCGGGGGAGACGCUCGAAGCCUUGCCUUCGCAGGCGCAGCCGGGCACGGGACGAGGCAGAGUGCAAGUUCGAAGCUUGCCGUGGCUGAGGGCAAGCAGCCAAGCUGCGGGUCGGGGCGGCCAGGUGCGCCGUCUGAGUAUCGCAACAUCCUCCCUCUCCUGCAUCUUCCGCGAUACCAUCACCUCAAGAUCGAUAUCUAAAGUAAGUGUUCAGUGCAUCUACCAGCAUCAUCCGCAUCUCUACGACGACUCGACAAAGCAUCGGCAGGGUACGUUGGACGCAGCAUUUGGACGUCAGCAAUCUGGGCACGAGAAUCGAACCGUGGCGGGUCAUUGGAGUGCACGUACAACGGACAUCACCAUUCAUCGCAUCACCAACUUGAUCCAUUCCGCUGCGCUGAGGCCGGCACGCACCAUGGUCCAUCACUCCAUCGGUCCGACACCUUGCAGCAGCGGUACGGCAGUCGGGGCGCAUCUUUCAUCACCUCGACAUUCCACCUUAUGGCUGCUUGAAUCAAGAUCGCAGGGUCGAUAUCACACUCGCGACGGGAACAGCAGCACAGGAUUGGAUGGCGUUGAAGAGGUCGAUGGGUGGAGCCCGAGCUUCGUGAUCUCAGGACCUACUGUGACCGUGGGCAUUGGCCCUCGUCUAUCCUCUUCGGACUCGCACGUCUUCUAG